AUGUCCGGGCGAGUCUGCCCAGAGACUGAACCAAUUUUCAACGACGAGUUCUUUGGCGGACUUCAUUGUGUACUAAAUGCUAUCGAUAAUGUGGAAGCAAGAAGAUAUGUGGAUCAACAAUGUGUCUUCUUUGGACUCCCGUUAUUGGAAUCUGGAACUCUUGGAACAAAAGGGAAUGUGCAAGUGGUCUAUCCUCAUCUCACCGAGUCUUACUCG